UGUGUCCUACAAUUUAAGCCAACUCAUAAUCACUUUUAUCUUCAACCUUUUCACCUAAUUAAUUAAUUAAAAACGCGUUUCCGUGAUUUCGUGAUCGAAUCACGUUUCCUAUAAACCACGCAUCACUAAAGUUAACUGAACUGAAAAUCGCAAAAUCUUCAUUCUCUGAUUCUCUCUCGCCUAACGCGAUGGACGAAGAAGUUCGCAAGAUCUUCAACAAAUUCGAUAAGAACGGCGACGGGAAGAUCUCGCGAACGGAGCUGAAGGAAAUGAUGGUGACGCUCGGAUCUAAGACGACUUCGGAGGAAGUUAAUCGUAUGAUGGAGGAGCUUGAUCGGAACGGUGACGGUUAUAUUGAUCUGAAGGAGUUCAGCGAAUUACACAGCGGCGGUGGCGAUGAUAAGGAGCUUCGUGAGGCGUUUGAGUUGUAUGAUUUGGAUAAGAACGGAGUGAUCUCGGCGAAGGAACUUCACGCGGUGAUGCGGCGGUUGGGGGAGAAGUGUUCUCUCGGUGAUUGCCGGAGGAUGAUCGGAAACGUGGAUGCGGAUGCUGAUGGUAAUGUAAAUUUCGAAGAGUUUAAGAAGAUGAUGAGUCGCUCCUAAUGUUAUGGAGUUGUCAACUAGAAUCAAAUGUAUUUUACUCUUACUUUUUCUUUCUUACUCAUAACUCUCUCUUAAUUUAUAUGUAGUUGAACAAUAAUGAAUUAGUCUAAGUGGUAACUAUCUUGAUUUUCUUAGCA